AUGUCUUCAACAAACUCUCCCCAUCCCUCGACCGAGGUGUCUGCAGGAGAACACACCAUCAGGGUGACGCUCUCUCAGCUCGCCAAGAUGAUCGACCAUUCCCUCUUGCAUCCAACCAUGACGGACGACGACAUUCGACAGGGAUUGGAAGUGGCCCUGAAAUACCACGUGGCGUCUGCUUGCAUCAAACCGUACCUCAUCCCGAUGGUAAGAAAGGCGCUCGCGGGAUCGGGCGUCCAUGUGUGCGCGGUCAUCGGGUUCCCGCACGGGAACAGCAGCACGGCGAUCAAAGUGACCGAAGCGGACGCCGCCGCCGCCGAAGGCGCCACGGAGGUCGACAUGGUCAUCAACAUCGGCAAGGCUCUCGGGGGCGACUGGGCAUACGUCCGUGAGGAAAUCCGACUGGUCAACGAGGCCGUAGUGCGGCGCGGACCGAUCCUCAAGGUGAUCUUUGAGAACGACUAUCUGCAACCAGACCAUAUUGUUCGUCUGUGCCAGAUCUGUUCGGAGCUGGAUGUCGCCUUUGUCAAGACCUCGACGGGCUACGGCUUCGUCAAGCAGCCCAACGGAAUGUACACCUACCAGGGCGCGACGGUGCCGGACCUGAAAUUGAUGAGGAAAUUCUCCAAGCCCAGCGUGCAGAUCAAGGCCGCCGGUGGCGUCAGGAGUCUCGAUGACUUGCUGCACGUCAUGUCCCUGGGCGUGACGAGGAUCGGGGCAACCGCCACAGUCGCCAUUCUGGAGGAGGCCAGGAAGAGAGGAAUCACGGAAGAGCCGACUACUGUGAGCUUCAAGCCGAUCGCCCAAAAAGGCCAGCCUGGUGCAUACUAA